GCACUCAUUCACACAGCUGGUUUCCUGCUGAGCAGAGGUGCCGGCUGAAGGGAUGUAGCAGGGCAUGUCCUCUCCUCCUUUGUGUAGGAUGAGCGCCGGGGCCCCACACUUCUUGCUGUGCAGUCUAACUGGGACCUGAAACGACUGGCAAGUGGGAUUCCCAUCAUCGAGGAGUUUCCUUUGGUCCCUGUCCGAGUAACAGAUGCCGUCAGCUAUUCAGUCCUGGACUGGCAGCGCCGUGCAGCCUGCUGCAUGAUCCGCCACUGCCUCAACUUGGACACGUGCCUAUCCCAGGCUUUUGAGGAGGGCAGGUGCCUGAGGUGGCCACAUUCCCCUAGAGAGGUUACUUUGUUUGUGCUUGGGUGGGAAAGGGAGAUUGCGGGAGCCUGAGGCCAAGAUGAGGCCAGAUGCUUUCACCUUCUGUGCUUUUGCCCUUGUUGGGACAAGCAAAUAUGAUGCUGGCACAGUUCUUCUGUUGAUGUGUUUACGCCGAUGACUGUACCUCUUUCCUUUCCUCAGAUAUUACCACAUCCCCAUUGGGAAUCUCCCUGAUGACAUGUCUACCUUUUGGUUCUGACCUGUUUUUCUCCCGCCACGUCCGUCGCCACAACCAUUUGCUGUGGCUCUCACCCACGGCCCGCCCAGAGCUGGGGGGUAAAGAGGCUGAUGAUAACCGUUUAGUUAUGGAGUUUGACAAGAGAGCCUCAGUGGAGAUAAGCAACCCUGGCUGCUACUCCACAGUGUGCCUGGAGCCGGAUAUUCAGAGCUUGGCUGUAAACACAGUGUUACAGUCCCAUCACAUCAAUGACAUGGAAGAAGGUUCCAGCGUGAGUAUCAGUUUUGAUGUGAUCCAGCAGGCAUCUCUAGAAUACUAUGAUGUGUAGGCUCCUAAGACAGGCAUCUUGACACAAGAGGCAGUUGAAGCGUGGGUAUGAUUCCUCUGCAGCCCUUAGUUCUGCUAAUGACUGCUCUGCAGCCUUCUGUACUGAGUCCAUUUGCUGAAGCAUGGUUGGAUGUGAGAAGUGAACUGCUCUCUUGCUAACAUCGCCUGCUCCUCAUUGCCUCCCAUGGAGAAGGUUAUUAGCUAGGGAAGAUGCCAACAUUGUGUGUGACUGCAGUCUCUUGCCUCCAGCAUCCACUCAA